AUGCCCUCCACCUCUGUCGCGCUACCCAACACGACCGAUCGCUCUGAACUCCUCAAGCACGUCAUCACAAAUCACACGCUCCGCCGCCUCGUGGUCCAGAAUGACGGCCAACCCUUUACAAAGACAGACUGGGGGAGGUUGAAGAGGAUAGCCGAGGGCAACCCCGACGAGACCAAGAUUGGUGCGUUUGGCGUGGGCUUCUACAGCGUCUUUGCCGACUGCGAGGAGCCCUUUGUGAGCUCUGGCAACGAGGCCAUGGCGUUCUACUGGAAAGGAAACGCCCUAUUCACCAAGAAGACGACGCUGCCCGCGGACCAGCAGUCUCCCGACACCAUCUUUGUGCUCGACUACCGCAACACGACGACGCCUCUCCCCAAUCUCCUGUCUGUCAGUCAGUUCCUUGCCACAAGCUUAACGUUUGUGGCCCUGCAGCACGUCGAGUUCUGGAUCGACGACUACAAAGUCUUGGCCCUGCACAAGAAGGCCUCGCCCAGUGUAGAGGUGCCCAUCCCAAGGGACCUCGAGACGCGGACCCGGGACGGCCUCAUGACGGUACACACCGUCGAUCGUACGAGUGCACAGAUCGAUGCCUCUUUCAUGGGCGUCAUUGGGUGGAAGCCCAGGGCCACCGCUGCCAAACAGUCCGACCAGUACGGCAUGGGCGCAGAGGUUCCCUCUCUGAGAAGCUUCUUCUCUAGGCUGACGUCGAGUGCCUCGCAGGCUGGCCUGCGUGGCAAGGCGCACAAGGAGGAAGCCGUCGCCCAGGAGACCAUCUCGGAGGACGUGACCAAGGCGUCAAGCUCCUCCAUCUUCCUCCGCGUCACGUCUGCGGUCAUCAAGACCAAGGUGUCUGCCUCCUUCUCGGCAGAAUUAGAACGUGCCACGAAGAAGCCGCCUCCAAAGACGACAAAAUUGUCCAUCCUGACAUCGUCAUACGACGAAACGCAGGCGACGGAGAGCUCGAGCUCCGAUGUCAUCUCUAAAUCAGCCGAUGUCUUUGCGUCUGUUCUGCCGAGCAAGAAGCCCGGUGGCCGGAUCUUCAUUGGCUUUCCCACGACGCAGACCACGGGUGCGGGCAUGCACAUCUCGGCACAAUCUGUAAUUCCGACCGUGGAGCGUGAGGCCAUCGACCUGAACGCACGGUGGGUUCGCUCCUGGAACAUCGAGAUGCUUCGUGCUGCCGGUAUCAUGACGCGGCUGGCAUUUGCCAACGAGAUGAGUGAUCUUGACCUGAAGGUGAGGAAGGCUGCCGACAAGGGCGGCAAGAUUGCGACCAAGGACAUUGCCAAAUUCAUGCCUGAAGCCAUUCACAUCUUGAAGACGUUUACCUUUGGUGACUCGACGCCAAGCGGUCAGGUUGCACAGAUCAUCGAGGAAGCCUUCUGGACGUCGUAUCGUAAGGCCUCCAUCGAGGUCUUCUCUUCGCGUGGUGUCAUGCAGACCUCCAAGGUGCGGAUCGGAUCCGAGGAGCUCAGCAAAUUCGUGGAUAGCAUCCCCGUCGUGCCUGUGGAGCUCAAGAAUGACCCAUUCGUCAAAAAGCUGAUCGAUUUCGGGCUGAUCAGUUCGAUCACGGUGGAAGACGUGCGCAAAGAACUCGAGACCAAGGCUAUGAAUCGGGAGCAGCUGAUCAACUUCAUCAGCUGGGCUGGUAAGAGAGCACUCAACGGCGAGCUUGAUCCUUCGAGCAAGUCCAGCCUGCUGGAUGUCGCGGUGGCGACUGUGUCACAAGACGGUAGCGAUCAGGGUGAGAUCAUUGCUCUCGGGUCCAUCACAAACUUCCUCGUGGUCAACAAGAUCCCGGCCCACGCCCCUAUACCGCCCACCACCAUCCCGCACGCCUUUACCAGCAGUUGCGCGACUCCGGAGCUGCAGGCGCUCGGCUGGGAGCCUCUCGAAGUCUUGCCCUGGCUGAGGUUCCUGCUCAUGUCCCUCUCUGACAAGGCAGAUGACCAGAACAUGACGAAGACGCCAAAAUUUGCUCUCCAAGUGCUCCUCAUUUUGUCCAAAGCGUGGGAUAACCUGAACCCAAAGUCCAAGUCUGCCGUGAUCGGUCUGCUGCAAGCGCAUACGGUCAUGCCGACGAAGCUGGGCAUGCGGAAGCCUACCGAGUCGUUCUUUGCGACCGUCAAGCUCUUUGACGAUCUGCCGGUUAUCGAAAACUGUCAAAACCUCAAGGAGAAGUUUCUCGUUGCCAUUGGCGUCAGGAAAACCCUCGACCUCGAUACCAUCUUCACCAGGCUCCUGAGUCCCACCGCAAACGGCGAAGAGAAGCGAUGGAGUCACCUCGAACUCAUCAAGUACCUGGCAUCAGUCAAGGAUGACAUUCCUGCGGCGGAUAUGAAGAAGUUGAAGGAGUCGCGCAUUUGUCCUGCCGAGGCUGGCCCCAAAGGCCUUGGAACCGACCAAGGGGCUCGACUCAGCUGUACCGCGUGUGCGAACUUGUUUGAGCCCAAGGAUUUCGCACAGGAGCUCUGGGGCUGCCGCUGCUGCAGUGGCCUUGGCCCUCCAGGCAGCUUUCCGGGGCCUCCAGCACGGAGGGACUUGUUUCCUUCGCGACUUUUGGGCUUGCGGGGCGUAUCCCUUCGGUGCCAGAGCUUGGGUAGACCCUGA